AUAUAAUAUAGUUGUACUAUAUCCCUUUGCCAUGAAUUGAAGCAACUAACAAGCGCUACUUAUUAUAGAAAAUCCGUCAAAAUCUCUCUCAGUUUCAGCGCUCAGCUCGUUCUUCGUAGCAUUAGCUGUAGCUGUAGCAAUCUGUGCUGUGCAAUGGAAAACUCAAUGUGAGACGACAUUUUUUUAUUUUUAUUUUUAUUUUUUGUGUUGCCAAAAUGCGAGUGAAGGAAAUGCAUCCGCUGUGCUGCAUAUCGCUGGAGAGCCCCGGCGGGAGUGUGGGGGACCGAUCCGCAUCGUCGUCUCUGUGGAGGGCGAGGAGCUUGCCGGCGGGGUUUCCAGGCGGAUCCGCCGGUAAUGCGGGGGGAUCGGAGAGCUCGGUGGCCGGGGUGCUCUACAAGUGGACCAAUUACGGCAAGGGGUGGAGAUCCAGGUGGUUCGUAUUGAGGAACGGCGUCGUGUCCUACGCCAAAAUCCGGCGGCCGGAGAAUUUGAACCUCCUCGCGCCGGCGACCGAUGACGUCAGGCUGAUCGGAGAAAUAUCCGCCGAUCGGCUCUCGAGAAUGGACAGUGGGAGACGGAAGCACCGGAAAGAUGUUGGCAUUGUCCAUCUCAAGCAGAUCUCAUCGUUCCGGGAGAGCAAGUCUGAUGACAAGCGGUUUUACAUAUUUACUGCCACGAAGACCCUUCAUCUGAGAACUGAUUCGAAGAGAGAUCGGGUGGCUUGGAUACAAGCUUUGCGCUCAACUCGGAGCUUAUUUCCACAUAGACCACUGAGUGACAGUCUCUCCCUUUUACCACCAAAUGAUUUAUCUGUGUCAACCGAAAGGCUUAAAAAGCGCUUACUUGAUGAGGGGAUGAACGAGAGCCUUGUAGAGGACUGCGAACAGAUUAUGCUUUCAGAAUUCUCAGAAAUACAAGGACAAGUUAAAGUUCUUUGUGCAGAACGAUCCAAUUUGCUCGACACAUUAAGGCAGUUAGAGGCAGCUAAUAUCGAAGCUGAAGGCUCUGGAAUUCAUGAUGCUGAAUACCAACUGACCAAACAUGAAUUUUCCGGUCUAGGGCAUGGAAAAUACAGUGAAUGCAGCACUACUGAAUCAUCUGAUGAUGUUGAGAAACAAGAGCUUGAGGAAGUGUCAGAUGAAGAUGAAAUGUCCUUUCAUGACACAAAGGAGUAUUUUAUUGAACCCACUGUUAAUUGUGGGUUUAUAAAAGGAACUUCAAAUUAUCUAGAUAAUUAUAUAGAAGCUGAACGUCGAUCCGAUGUGGAGAAAAUGCAGACUAAGAAUGAAGCUCAAAAGUUCGGACAUCUGCCCUUUGAAAGGCGGAAAAAGCUUCCCGAUCCAGUUGAGAAGGAGAAAGGGGUCAGUCUUUGGUCCAUUAUCAAGGACAAUGUGGGAAAAGACCUCACACGUGUUUGUCUCCCUGUUUACUUUAAUGAGCCAAUAUCAUCUCUUCAAAAAUGUUGCGAGGACUUGGAGUACUCUUUUCUUUUGGAUCAAGCAUAUGAGUUCGGGAAAGCGGGGAACAGUCUCCAGAGGGCUCUGAAUGUUGCUGCUUUUGCGGUUUCUGGAUAUGCUUCCUGUGAAGGUCGACACUGUAAACCAUUCAAUCCUUUGUUAGGGGAAACUUAUGAGGCUGACUUUCCUGAGAAAGGAAUUCGCUUCUUCUCUGAGAAGGUCAGUCACCACCCAACACUCAUUGCCUGCCACUGUGAAGGCAGAGGGUGGAAAUUCUGGGGUGACAGCAACAUCCGGGCAAAAUUUUGGGGGAGGUCAAUUCAGCUUGACCCUGUUGGAGUUCUGACCUUGGAAUUUGAUGAUGGUGAAAUUUUCCAGUGGAGCAAGGUCACUACAACUAUCUAUAAUCUUAUCCUUGGUAAACUGUACUGUGAUCACCAUGGGACAAUGCACAUACGUGGUAAUCGCCAGUACUCAUGCAAACUCAAAUUUAAAGAGCCCUCUAUUCUUGACCGAAAUCCUCGCCAGGUUCAUGGAUUUAUUGAAGAUGUUUCUGGAAAAAAGGUUGCAACCUUAUUGGGAAAGUGGGACGACAGUAUGUAUUAUGUUAAUAAUGAUGGAAGUGGCAAGCCAAAGGAUUAUACUACCUCUUCCGAUGCAUCCUUGCUUUGGAAAAGGAGUAAGCCUCCUCCUAAUCCCACUCGGUACAACUUAACUUCAUUUGCAAUCACAUUGAACGAGCUGACACCUGGACUGCAGGAGAAGCUCCCACCCACUGAUUCGAGGCUUAGACCAGACCAGCGGCAUCUUGAAAAUGGGGAAUAUGAUAAGGCGAAUGCAGAGAAGCAGCGGUUGGAGAUGAGGCAAAGAAUGUCAAGGAAAUUACAAGAAAAUGGGUGGAAGCCCAGAUGGUUUGAGAGGGAAGGUGACAAUGGAGCCUUCCGCUAUGUCGGCGGAUAUUGGGAAGCUAAGGAGCAGGCAAACUGGAAUGGAUGCCCAAAUAUAUUUGGUGAAAUUAGCAAAGACCUUGUUGAUCCCUUAGAAGUGUCAUGAUCUUAGUUCAGGACAAAUAGAAAUCCUUUACACCACUGUUAGAGAGCAAACUGGCAAGAAAUAGCCUGGUUGUUCUUGAUUGGCGAAGUUGGUUUGGGCGGACUGGUGGAGAGCUUAUCUUUCAAGUCUUCAUCAAUGAUUAGUAGAUCAGAAGCCUAGUGUAUCUUUUUAAUAUUGGUGUUGUCUGCAGCGGGGUAAUUUGUGUAAUGUAAUCUUUCUCUUUCUCUCUCUCUCUCUCUCUCUAGCAUUUAUAUCAUUUUUAUUCUGUAAUUUCUUAGAAAUAAAACAAACAAAGAAGGUACUUUUGCCAUCAGUUUAAAGAUGUAAUUUCUUUGUUCAGGCUAUUAAGAGCAGUUCUUCUUCCUUGACCUUCCUUCCAAUAUGCGAGCAAUCAACCAAAUGUUGAGAGCCAUUAUGGUGGUUUUUGAUAACAUUUGUUAAGAGGUGGUUUUUGUGUUUUGAUGUUAAAUAAGAGUGAGAGUAGUUAUGA